AAAAAACCGAUACCGAUAAUUUCCGAUAUUACAUUUUAAAGCAUUUAUCGGCCGAUAUUAUCGGACAUCUCUAGAAAUGUUUUAACUUGUUGAAAACAAUUAUCAGCCACAUGUUUGGUAAGCCAACUAAUUGCCACACCUGUGUAGCCUGAGGAAAGGUGCGCCUGUUUUGUCGGCCGUUGCGUGCAUAUUUGGAGAAAAGGUGGGCGGUGCUGUCUUCCCGCCCACCCCAAAGCGAGUCAAUCAUGUCAGUUUCCUCAAUUAGAGAUGGAGGCGGAAGACACGAAACGGUUACGGUGCAUAUUGACGUUAAAAAGUCUUGUGUUGACAAGUAAUGUACCGUGUGCUGACUCACCGGUGCCCGCUUCACGAUGAACCGCUACCGGGGUGGACAUGGCGGGAAGCCCUCCUGGAUCCUGCUGGCUGCGACCUGCCUGAUAAGCGCCAACACUGCCCGGGGAGCUCCUCUGCUGCUGGCCCCUCAGGUGUUUCUGGAAAAAUAUGGCUACCUUCAUGACAACAACCACAUCCACAAUGCAGCUGAGAUGCAUUCAGCCAUCCGGGACUUCCAGUGGUUGUCUCGCCUGCCCAUGACAGGUGAACUGGACAGCGCCACCCUGAGGCAGAUGGCAGAGCCUCGCUGUGGCGUGUCCGACCAGGGCAGCCAGCAGAUCUGGGCCAAGAGGGUAAACAUCAAGCGUACUGCGAGGAGUUCUACCCCGGGGCCGCUGUGGCGCCGCAGGAAACGUUUUGCAGUAAAAGCGGACAAGUGGUACAAGCGCCACCUGGCCUACCACAUAGUCAACUGGCCCAGCCACCUGUCUCCGGGCUCCGUGCGACUGGCGGUGAACGCCGCCUUCCAGCUGUGGAGCAACGUGUCGGGUCUGGUGUUCCGGGAGGCCCCCGAGGGAGCCGCAGACAUCCGCCUGGCUUUUUACGAGGGGGACCAUAACGACGGGGCCAGCAACGCCUUCGAUGGACCAGGGGGAACUCUGGCUCACGCCUUCCUGCCUCGCCGAGGGGAGGCCCACUUUGACAUGGCGGAGAGGUGGACAUUGAACGGACACAAGGGCCACAACUUGUUCCCGGUGAUGGCCCACGAGAUCGGACACACCCUGGGGCUGGAGCACUCGCCCGUGCGCCACGCCCUCAUGUCGCCCUACUACAGGAAGCUGGGUCGCAGCCUGCUGAUGAGCUGGGACGACAUCCUGGCCGUGCAGCAGCUCUACGGUAAGCCGGCAGGUGAUCGAGCCGUGCGGCUGCCAGGUGAGGUGCUGCACGCCGCCCUGCAGGAGUGGGAGUCCACGGAUGUUCUCAACAGGCAAAACAAUGGGCGCCCUUUCUACUGCCAGUCUGGGCUGUUUGACGCCAUCACUGCUGACCAGAACGGGACGACGGUGGUGUUCCGAGGCGGUGUGUACUGGACCGUAUCAGCUGACGGCAGCGUGAGCGACCCACUGCCUCUCCGCAGGACCUGGACCGACCUCCCGGUGGCCAUCGAGGCGGCGGCCUUCUCCCCGCCGGACGCCAAGUGGUUCUUCUUCAAGGGGAGGCGUGUGUGGCGUUACUCGGGCCGAGUCCUCGACCCGGGUUUCCCCAAACACGUCAUGGAGUCGGGCCUCCCUCGCCGCCCGGACUGCGCCUUCUACUACGCCCCCCUGGGUCACAUGGUACUGUUCAAGGGCGCACGCUACUUUGUCCUCAACCUGCAAACCCUGCGCCAGGAGCCCUACUACCCCCGCAGGCUCAAAGACUGGACGGGCGUGCCACGGGGCACCAAUGGGGUCCUGAGCCGUCCAGACGGGCGCCUCUACGUGUUCAGGGGGCAGCAGUACUGGACCUUUGACCCCCUCAAGGUGCGAGUCACCCGGGUGGGUCAGUGGGCCAAAGAGCUGAGCUGGAUGGGUUGUGGUCAGGUCCCUGGGAGCAAUACCAUUCUUUGACCAGCAGAGGGAGCUCUAACUUUUGUAUUUUACACAUGAACACUGCAGUAAUUUCCUUUCUUUACAUUUUAUUAUUAUUUGCACAUUUGAAAUGUAAACACGUACGAUGGAUGAAACUUUUAAAGGGACAGCGUCAGUGUUGAAGGCCGAAAAGUCAACUGAUUUAUGGAUCAGCCCAACAUUUGAUGGUGGCUGAUCAAUAAGCACAUGAAGGGAUGACGACACAGCUGGGACAAUUUGUCAUUUGGAGGCCGAAGCAGACUUUUUAUUCACUUUAAAGUCUCACACCUGAACAUUUAGCAUGUCCAACAUCAAAUACUGCAGGAAGAGUUGCUACUUUAACGUUUAGUGUGAAGAAGUUUGCGAUCCACAGAACAAGUGCACAAAUAUUACUUCUAAAUAUACAAACAAUAACAUUUGGACAUAAAACAACUCUCUAAUAAUCCCUCCAGGAUGGAUUUCUGCAAAUGUUGCAGCAAAACAAAUAGGCUCCUUUUCAAUAACAAUCAAUUCAUGUGGGAUUUGACCAAUUCGUUUUAGUAUGAAGUAGGGGUGUAACGGUACGGGUAUUUGUAUUGAACCGUUUCGGUACGGGGGUUCCGGUUCGGUUCGGAGGUGUACCGAACAAGUUUCCACACGGACAUAUUAAGUAGCGUAACGCACGUUGUGUAAACUAUGCACACCGAGGCACAACACACGGCAUGCUAGCAGCUAACGACCAUACGUCCUCUUUUCACCAGACAUGUCCUCUUUUGCAGAGCUGUCAGGGCGCAGUUUCUUAAAUGCCUCAAAUGUCCGGCAUUUUGAGUUAGGGUUGCGUGUAUUUUCAAUGUACGUUCAGGGUUAAGAAGGGGUUAAAAACAAAACAAAUGGUGAGGGAGGGGCAUAGACAGAGCGAGAAAGAGAGAGUUAUGAUAAAUGCGCAUGUGUCGCCAGGCCCUGCUUUUUAUCCAUAGAUUUAUCAGAUUACAUUUUUUAUUAUCUAUAGCAGGGGUGUCAAAAGUGUGCCCCGGAGGCCAUUUGCGGCCCACAGCUAAUGUUUUAAAGGCCCACAGCCCAUUCUAAAAAUACUAUUAAAAUAAACAAAAUCAUAAAAGUGAAAUAAAAAAGCUUAAAGGUUAAAUGUAAUUUAGAAAAAGUUGCAAUGUUGACUAAUAAAACAAAGCAGUAUUUUUUUCUUUCAAACUGUCAUUGCUCAAACCAUAAUAUUGAAUCAAAAUCAAUGUUAUUAUGAAUGAUUGACCUAUCCAAGGUUCCGAUUACUGCACAUCAAAUAUUCCACUAAGAAAAAUAUUUUUGGUGGAAGAUUUUGCAAAUUUGGUAAAUAAAUAACCCAAGAAUGUAUAUUUUGUUGUUUUCUUACUGUACCGAAAAUGAACCGAACCGUGACCUGUAAACCGAGGUACGUACCGAACCAAAAUUUUUGUGUACCGCUACACCCCUAAUAUGAAGACAUGAGGAAUAUGUUCGGGUUAUAAUAUUUUACACACAAUAAAAAUAGGUAAAUAUUGGAAAUUACAGUAUUAAUUCUGAAAUUGAGUGCAUUUGUGUCCUCAAAAUUCUACACACAAUACCCCAUAAUGACAAUGUGAAAAGGCUUUUUUCCAAUAACAUUUUUUUAAAUUUAUUUUUAAACUUUUCACAUUGUCAAUAUGGGGUUUUGUGUGUAGAAUUGUGAGAAGAAAAAAUAAAUUGAUUCCAUUUUAGAAUAAGGCUGUAACAUAAAAUGUGAAAAAAGUGUGGCCUUUACGGAUGCACUUUAUUUCAUAUCGGUGAAUCUGAUCAAAUAAAAUAAAAAGCUUUGAUUUGGGGGGAAAAAAACACUACAAUAAGUGUGGGUGGGUGAGGGUUCCGUAAACUUCCCCUGCGCUCAAUGUAAACAAACAUGGCGUCAAACGCGUGGGACUUUGUCACUGUUUCAGAAGAAGACAACUUAUUGGGCACUACACUGUUCCUGGGAUCAACACCAUUCUGGCAAUGUAUUAUUUAGUACAAUAAUUAUAAUGAAACUAGUUCAAAACAGGUAUGAAAAGAUCCAUCUGGUUGCAUUGACUUGGCCUAAAACAGUCUUUUUAGAAUUUGAUUCUUCAAAAAAAACAUUUUCAAAUGAUUUCGACCCCAAAAGGGACAAGCGGUAGAAAAUGGAUGGAUUUUUAAAAAUGAUGAAUCCAUUUAGAAUUGGCAUAAAUAAAAAUCGUGAUUCGGAUGGGAAUCGACUUUUUUUGGUGCGCCCCUAAACAUUUUGCCAGCCAUUUCACUUGGAGUUAAGCAAACGGGCACAAAAAACCCAUCAAGCUCCAACACAUCAAACCUUAUCAGCCACUUACGACGAUGUUUGUAGCCCACAAAGAAGAGUUGAAUUGAGAAAGAAGUAAGUCAUGAAACAAAUGUCUUAGCAGGAUGACAUCAUGUUGACCUACUCAGUGGUCUAGUGGUUAGAGUGUCCGCCCGUAAUCGGUAGGUCGUGAGUUCAAACCCCGGCCGAGUCAUACCAAAGACUAUAAAAAUGGGAGCCAUUACCUCCCUGCUUGGCACUCAGCAUCAAGGGUUGGAAUUGGGGGUUAAGUCUGAUUUCCUGCUCACUGCUCCCCUCACCUCCCAGGGGGUGAACAAGGGGAUGGGUCAAAUGUCACCACACC